GGGCGGGCGGAAGUGACGUAGAGGAAGUGAAGCGGCGGCCGCUAUAGCAACGGCGGGAUGAAUGCGCCUCCGGCCUUCGAGUCCUUCCUGCUCUUCGAGGGCGAGAAAAAGAUCACCAUCAACAAGGACACCAAGGUGCCCAACGCCUGCUUGUUCACCAUCAACAAGGAGGACCACACGCUGGGGAACAUCAUCAAGUCGCAGUUGCUCAAAGACCCGCAGGUGCUGUUUGCAGGGUAUAAGGUCCCACACCCUCUGGAACAUAAAAUUAUCAUCCGUGUCCAAACCACGCCGGAUUACAGCCCCCAGGAAGCUUUCACCAAUGCCAUCACGGACCUGAUUAGUGAACUCUCCCUCCUGGAAGAGAGGUUCAGGGUUGCUAUUAAGGACAAACAAGAAGGAAUUGAAUAAAAUACUCCCUUUGGAGCAAGACUGUUACUUCUGAGGCAGAAUGAUGUGUCUGUUAUUGGAUGAAAUAUUUAAACCUCCAUUCAUGGCAAAUAUUUUCCCCCUUGUCCCACUUCUGUUUAAUUUUUGACAGCAGCAAUAUUUUGAGUUUGGGGUUUGUUUCAUUUCAUAGUUGACAGGCACUUUGCCAAGAGAAUAAAUGUCAUGUUGGAGUUGGUGGAUAAGUCAUUAAAGUGAUUUUUAGUUUUCUAAUUGGAGUCUUAAGGCAAAUAUUUGUCCUGGGCUGCUGGGGAGGUUGUUGUGGGUACAAUUCCGGCAUGAGAAGCUGGUCAGUGACAGCUCUAGAUGAACUCUCUGCUUUUCCUGCCAAAAACUCCAGGCACUGCCAGCUGAACUGGUAUUUUGUUUUAUUAACUGUCAUCUCUAUAAAACAAAUGCACAAAUUGUGAAAACUUACAGUAAAAGAAACCGGAUGUUUACAAUGAACUGAUGAGUUUAACAAA